UAAUCUAAAUAAAUGGGCAAUUUUUGUCAUAGGAUAGGAAAGUGGCUGGCUAACAAAAAUAGUUAUUUGCAUAGUAUUUGUUAAAUUAAUGUUUAGUUUUAAUGCCUAAUUAUUUUUUUAUGAUUUAAAAACCAUUCAAGUUGUCGUAGGUAGUGCAAGUGCAAGAUGAAACAUCAUAAUUCAAUGGAUCACAGAAAACAACAUUUUCUUCAGAAGUUGUACUCCAGAGAGAUACAUGGGUCAUUUUAUAGGACACGUCCUUCUGUUCAUCACAAGGCCAUGGAACUGUAUGGCUCAAUACCUAAACAUAGGUCGUUUCUCCUAAAAGACACAUUUGAUGGUAAAAAUGAUCAUGUUUUGGUUGGAAGUUCUCGCUGUGGGCAGUUUGUAAUCUCCUACACCUACACUUUGGACAUGUCACGGCCCUCGGCAAUGCAGUAUAGGUAUCGACUGCAUUGGUGGGCAUUCACAGGAACCCCUCCAGCAUGCAAGGUGGCGGAGGUGCAGUUGUUUGACUGUCAUGAACUGACACACACGUUGCACGUCGGAAUCGCUCAGUGGCCGAAUGUCAGUGACCGUCUAAUUGUCUACGGUUAUAGUGAUGGGGUGGACGAAAUCUAUGUGGAUACGUCUGAUAACCACAAGUAUUUCUUCACAGUCACCACGUUACCUUCUCUACACAACUGUAAGGACUGCAAGGCGGUGGCUGAGUCUUUCGAUGAAGAAGAAAUGGCUGCCAGCUGGGACAAGGCUGUGUCGUUCAGUUGCCUUAAACAUGGCCUUACCAUCCACACAACGCUAGACAUGGCACCACCUUAUCCACAUUUCAACCCCAAGACCUGUCUCAAGGUGGAUUACAAGAUUGUCAUCAACACUGGCAACUUCUUGCAUGUGUUGCAUUUUGAUGGAGAUAAAGAAAUAAAAACAUCUACAGAACCUGAUUCUAUUGUGCCUGAUGAAAUUACUCAUAGGACCGGGGAGUUUCUUUCCAACAAAGUUUCUGAUUACAUCUGUCCAUGGCAGAAGUCGUCUAGUGCACCAAACCGCAAGAACCUGUCGAAAUCCAUCAACAGCACGUGGCUCAACACAAUCAGAGAUAAGGCUAACAAGUUGUAUGCUUAUGAAGAGCCUUAUGAUGUGUGCGAGCCCAGAUUUAAGUGGUAUAAAAAGCGAAGGCUUGCAGACAAAAUGUAUGAGUUUUGCAGUGACAGUGAUGAAGAUAUGGAAAAUAAGUGCCCUCCAGUAAAGACUGCAAGACUUGGACAGGCGUCAUUUGUGGUUCCAGAGACACCCAAAUUUACAUUCUACACUCAAAGGCCAGGACCAUUUUCAAUUAAUGAAAUUUACAAAGGAGUGAUUGAAGAGCACAAGAUGAAUACUAACCGUGUACCGGUCAGCAGUGUCUGUGAUAGCGCCAAGAGCGACAAAUGUGAUUUUAAGAUUCUGAACCAAACCAGUUGCCAAGGACUUAGUGGUGAUCUUAUGCAUCACGAUUCAGUUGAACAUGAAUUUUCAAUAUGUGAUUACCCUAGAAGGUCUUCUAGAGAGAAAGAUUUCAAUGAUCUUAAUACGCCAUUUCCUUCUUGUGAAGGAACUUCAGCAAUGAAAGUACACCACAGUCAGCGAGUGUCUUCUGCUAGUGAUCAGUCAAAUCACAAACCUCACCUAGAAGUUUCUGUGAUCAAUCCUAACCUUUCCUCCAUCUUGGCUGAAUGGGAAGCCGACUCGGUUUCAUCCUUGUCUCCGAGAUCGGAUUCUCUGGGCAAAAACGAUGUUAUCCAAUCUUUUCUAGACCUGAUGCCCGGUGUGACUAUUUCUCCUCGAACUGCUCAAAACGGUGUGUCAAGUGAAAAUGUAAGCCAGAUAUCAAAUGAAAAUGCUCCCUCGGUUAGUAAAACGUCUUCCCCUAAGUACUCACCUUUGUUAGUUGUGCUCAGGACAAGAAAUUGCAUUCAAGAAGAACAGCAAAAGCCCAAGGAGCAAGAAAAGGCAAAAGAGUUAGCCAAAGAAGAGGUUCCCACUAAAGUUACAGUGAAGCCAGCAAGAGAACCAGACAUCUCUCUGAGGCAGCGUAUGAUAUCGGAAUGUUCAGUGCGAUUUGAUAGAAUAUACAUUGAACUGGACGAUGAGAUUAUUUCAACUAUUUCAACAGAUUUUGAAGAUGACGACACAGCCUUCCAUGAUGCGCUACCUCUGUCUGUCCACGGCUCUGCCUACGCUCAACUGCAGAUGGUGUCUAGACAGAAGGCGGAAAGACUGAGCAUGAAUUGUGAACGUGUGUUCCAAACGAGCCUUGCCAUAGACAACUUUUGUUCAAAAGCAGCUGAUGUAAUCUGCCAAUUUGAGGGUUUCAAGUUCUGGCACUGCAGUGAUUUUGAUGUAGAGCUCAUUGAUGUCUGUACUUUAAACUGUGAUAUUUUGGGUGUCGUUUGUAUGCGAGUGAAUGUUGAGGAAUCUACAAACCAUGAAAAGGAGGUGUUUCAAGAACGGCUGUUUUGUGGCUUCAAGUGUGUGUUUAUAUGGAACCCUGUGGCUGACCAGUGCUGGCUUGAGGCUUACACGCCUCUUGUAAUGAGCAAGCCAGAGUUCAGCUUGAGUGAGAUGAGAACGGAUGACCCAAAUCACGAAACACCCGCUCGACGUGAAGCCAACCGUCUGCGUCGCUACCUCAAAAAGACCUCGCUGUUUACACUCCGCCCGCCCGUCCGCUCGUUUGAACAUCGCAUGUGGGUUCAGGAAUCUCUUAAAAAGCGGCGUGAACGAAGAAGAUCUUCCAGGCCCCUCCAUUGAUGAGUUCCGAGACUACAAGAACUUAGUCUGCUUCGCAUUGCAUAAGAAACCACAAAAUCACCGAAGAAAUAUCCAACCGUCCAUUGCCGAGUUUUGGGACUGAUAACCAGCCAACAUCCUUCAUUUGGAUUCUUGGACUUUCACUAUUUAAAAAUUUAUGUUCAUAACAUCGAAAUAAUUGUUUAUAAAUCCAUCUUUUCUCGAUAUUUUUUCUGAUGUUUGCUUUUUUAAUUGAGAAGUACAUCAAUCAUUUGUCAGCUCAGUUUCACUAUGUGAUUAUCAUCACAAAUAGCCAUGCUAUUUUGGUAUAAUAUUACAGUUCCUAGUAUUAUUUAACUGUACAAAAUGUGUUGUAGUUUAGUUUAAAUUUGUGUUUGUGUAAAACUUUUGAGGUUUUGUAAUUGUUCUUUUGUGUUUGUAAUUGUCAGCAUGUAAUACGAUACUUUUCUAGACUUAUUUGAAAUAGUUAUUUAAAUGUGUGAUGACACAAUGAGACUAACAUAAUUGAAAAAGAUUUGAUAUCUCUUUGUUCUUUGUUAUUUAUAAAGUAAAAAGUUGUACCAUGAUGAUGAA